AUGUUAGAUUUUAACAUCAUGGGUUAUACCAUCAGUUUGUUUGUUCUAGCACCAGCGUUGAUCGUGCUUUAUGUUGUGUACAAGAUAAUCACGGAGGUAUAUUUAAUGAAGAAGUUGGGAGCAUCCAGAGAAACAAAUGUUGUAAGUGACGGAGCUUUUAGUCUCAAGCUUGCAUUCACGUUGAUUGCAAGUAAAAACAAUGGAACCCUCAUUGACUAUGUUGCCGAAAUGUAUCGCGGUGCCCCACAUCCUGAAGUUCCUACAUUUUCCCUGAGAAUUUUUACGGUGAAGUUUUAUUUGACUAAAGAUCCCGAGAAUAUCAAAGCACUUUUAGCUACUCAGUUCAACGACUUCUGCUUGGGUACGAGGCACGCUCAGUUUCAAGCGUUGUUGGGUGAUGGAAUAUUCACUUUGGAUGGCAAAGGAUGGAAAGACUCGAGACAGAUGUUGCGUCCACAGUUUGCCAGAGAACAAAUCUCACAUGUCAAGAUGUUGGAGCCACACAUUCAAGUUCUUUUCAAGCAUGUGCGCAAGAACAAAGGACAAGUAUUUGAUUUGCAAGAACUAUUUUUUAGAUUCACCGUUGAUUCAGCCACUGAGUUUUUAUUUGGGGAAUCAGUUGAUUCGUUGAAGGAUGCCAGUGUUGGAAUGCAGGCUGAUUCGAACGAAUUCGACGGAAAGGAACAAUUUCCACAAUCAUUCAAUUUUUCCCAAAGCUACUUAGCGUCGAGAGUGGUUAUACUGUUUAUGUAUUGGGUCUUAAACUCCAAACAGUUUAGAGAUAGCAACGCAGUUGUUCACAGAUUCGCGCAACAUUAUGUUAAAAGAGCCUUGUCAUUAUCACCAGAGGAGUUAGAGAAACAGAAUGGAUAUGUGUUCCUUUACGAGUUGGCUAAACAUACAAGAGAUCCAAAGGUUUUACAAGAUCAAUUGUUGAACAUUUUGGUUGCAGGCAGAGAUACAACAGCUGGAUUGUUGUCAUUUGUGUUUUUUGAAUUAGCCAGGAAUCCUGCAGUAUUGGCCAAGUUGAGAGAAGAAAUUGGCACCAAGUUUGGAUUGGGCAAGGAAGCUAGAAUCGAAGAGAUCACUUUCGAGUCAUUGAAGAACUGCGAGUAUUUGAAAGCAGUUCUUAACGAAUGUUUGCGUUUGUAUCCAUCAGUUCCACAAAACUUCCGUGUUGCUACAAGAAACACAACUUUACCUCGUGGUGGAGGACCCGACGGAAUGUCCCCUAUCUUGGUUACUAAAAACCAAGAGGUUCAUUACAGCGUUUACUCAACGCACAGAAUGGAAGAAUACUACGGUAAGGAUGCUAAUGAGUUUAGACCCGAGAGAUGGUUUGAGCCACAGACAAGGAAAUUGGGUUGGGCAUUUGUUCCAUUCAAUGGUGGUCCAAGGAUUUGUCUUGGUCAGCAGUUCGCUCUAACUGAAGCUAGUUACGUUACAACCAGAUUGGUGCAAGAGUUUAGUUCCUUAUGGAUGGAUCCAAAUACUCAAUACCCACCACACAAGAUGUCACAUUUGACAAUGUCCUUGUAUGAUGGAUGCAAUGUCAAGAUGGAGUAA